AUGUAUAUCCAACAUAAGGUCUUCAUACAACAUGGUGUUAAAUUUGGAGUUGAUAAUAGUUAUACCUGUCACUGUAUUAAUGAUGAACAAUGUGAUAAAGAAACUGGUGAGUGUGGUGGAGGUUGUGCUGCAGGGUGGUCAGGACCUACUUGUCAAAAACAGAAUGUAGCUCUUGAUAAACCAUCAAGUCAGGUUGAAACAAAUGGUAAUAGAACUUCUGAUUUAGCUGUAGAUGGUGACAAUACUACUAAUAUACCUAACAAAUGUACUGAUACUGGUGGUGAUAAAAAUACGAGAAAAUGGUGGAGAGUAGAUCUGCAAGAAGAAUAUCCUAUUAAACAUAUUACCAUCUAUUAUCGAAACCAUCGUGAGCACCAAGUUGUUUCUAGAAAUUAG